AUGGAGUUUUAUUCAGUAGAACGAGAACGAAAGAGAAUGAAAACAGAUGAAAAGAACGAAGAAGCCUCUCCCAUCAUUCCAAAUCCUCAAGAUCGCACCCAACGUGAACCACGAACACCAGAAAAUGAAGGAGAACAUUCAAGUGGGAUGGUAUUCAGAAGAAAAAAGAAGGUUAACUAUGCUGGAUCCCCAAUCUCAUCAGAUUCUGAUGAUUAUGUAGGAGAUCUAAGUAUAAAAACGCAAGAUCAAAACAAUAUGUCCGUGAAGAGAAUAAUUCGCGUGAAAGCACAACAUGUCCCACAAUACCAACAGUCACAAAUACUGGAAGAGACAGUAACUGAAAAAGACAACGAAACAACCGAGGAAGCUAGGUUCCUCUUUUUCAUAAGACAUACCUUACUGGACUUCGUUGCAAUGUUCAAGUACUUGACACCAAAGGUUUUAGAUAGGGAUAUGAAAGAAAGAUCGUACAUUGUCGAAUGCCUUUCGCCGAUUCUUCGUGCUUUCCGAAAUGCUUUUCCUGAAGUAAAGUAUGAAUGGAUUGAAAAGGACGUUGAAUCGAUUAAAGAAGUCAAUAAAAUAUUUAUGAGUAAUAUUAAUCACCGAAAAACCGAUUUACUUGUUCUGAGACUAUCAGAUGCGAGUGAAUUGUUAAAGAUUGAAGUAUCGGGGCCACCUUAUAAAUCUACUAAAAGGCAUACAGUUGAUUGCCCAAUUGAAGAUGCCAAAAAAGUAAGAACGUAUAACAUUCAAGCUAUUGGUGAUCGGAUUACAUUAUUUGCUAUUUCCCUUGCUGAGAAAAAAAAGUAUUUAGCCAUUGAAUUGGCUUCAUUCAUCCGAAAUGAGUUCGUUGAACAGGAAAAAGUACAGAGAAAGAUUCGUUCGUUUAUUCCUUCUGCUGAUGAUAAUACUGAGGAUUUACGUGAAUGGUUACAUUUACCCGACGAUGAUUUAUCACUUGUGACGGAUGAUGACAUGGACGAACUCUUUUUGUGA